UUUCUCUUCCCCAAGAACCGGAAGUUCGCCUAGUCGUUACACUUAUACAUACAUACAUACAUACAUACAUACAUACAUACAUAAAUACAUAUAUAUAAUACGUGCGUUUGUGUGAAUCUGGGUAUGUGGUUAGUGUGUCUGUUGGUAUUAAAUGUGCAUGCACAAGUGCGUGCGGUGACCGCUCGUCACGAUCCUUGCGGUAGCAGGGAGCAUAGGCGCAAAUCGGAUUCGAUGACGUCAUCGUUCCAACGAUGAAAGCACAUAACUAAACGAUGCAUCAUUUGUGUGUGACACGGGUCUCUCUCUUCGGUUAAAAUAUUCUCUCUCUCUCUCUCUCUCUCUCUCUCUCUCUCUCUCUCUAUCUCUCUUUCUCGUUCUCUCUCUCUCUCUCUUGCUCUCUCGUUCUAUCUAUAUGUAUAUAUAUAUAUGUAUAUUCUUUUUCCUCAUAUCUACAUUCAUAGUGAGAUAAUAUCAAAAGUAAUGAUUAGUUUAAAAGGAAGGAUAUGACGUAAAAUUGUUCGACGUCUUUUUCUAAGGGUUGUCGCUCUUCCCUCCAUGUCUUCAGUUUCUACGUUCUUUUAGAAAUUACUUAUUAUCUUAAAUUGUUUAGCAUUAGAGCGGAUUGAAAAAACAAAAGAGAAAUUACGAAGGAAUAAAUGGAGAAAAUAGUCGAUGAUUUUUUUUGAAAGAAUAUGUAUAAGAUUUAUAUAUAUAUAUAUAUAUAUAUAUGUAUAUAUACCAGUUUUUAAAUAAUGUUUAAUUAAGUGUGCAUAUGACUGCCUGCGUGCGUGGGUGCGUACGUACGUCCGUGCAUCUAUUUUUAAUAAUUUUGAAACUGGAACUUUCAAGUUUAUAUAUGUUCUUCGAGAAGUAAAUUAAAAAAAGAAAAGGUAAUUAAAUUAAUCGAGAGCAAAAAUGAGUACUCCGUAUCUUCAACCGAGUCCCAUGCCAAUGAAUCAACCGUGGAUGCAACCUAUUGCGAGUGCACCAGCAUCAAAUGAAUUUCCAUUGCCGUAUGCCCCACAGGCACCGCAAGGUGGUUGGUCAAUACCCAAUAUGAUUUGUCCACCAGGUUUGGAAUACCUUAUGGGCCUUGAUCAUUUGUUUGUGAAACAAAAAGUCGAACUUUUGGAAGUUAUUACCGGAUGGGAAACGCGCAAUAAAUAUAACAUAUUGAAUAUAAGAGGUGAACAAGUUUAUUACGCUGCUGAAAAAUCUGACUGUUGUUCACGUUUUUGUUGCGGCACUUAUCGCAGUUGUGAAUUCAAAGUAUUUGAUGGUAUUAGAAGAGAAAUUCUUCAUAUGGUUCGUCCAUUAAGGUGUGACAGCUGUUGCUGUCCUUGUUGCUUACAGGAAUUGGAAGUAUAUUCUGGCGGUGUUCUUCUGGGAUCGGUUGUUCAAGAUUGGACUAUAUUUAGGCCAUGGUUUUCAAUACUCAAUGCAAAUGGCGACACAGUUUUGAAGAUAAAAGGACCAUUAUUACGUUUCUGCGUAGAAGUUGAUUUUAAAGUAAAGUCUGCUGAUGGUACUCAACGAGUUGGCAUGAUUAGUAAAUAUUGGAGUGGCAUUACUCGUGAAUUUUUUACGGAUACCGAUAAUUUUGGUAUAAGUUUCCCGAUUGAUCUUGAUGUCAAAAUAAAAGCUGUUCUUCUCGGUGCUUGUCUCUUGAUAGACUUCAUGUACUUCGAAAAUUCAAGAGAUUGAAAUGGUGAAUAUUUAAGCACA